GGUUUAUUGGUGUCGCAUUCCUUUCGGAACGGAUUCAACUUCAUCAAUUGAUUAAUAAAUUUAAUCAAGCAAUGGAAUUGACAAUAUCCAGAUACACGAAGUAUUUUUCCUUAAUAUAGUUUGUCCCAUGUACCCAUCCAUAUACCUUUAACCUAUACCUUAUUCUCAAUUUACCCCGAUAAUUGAAGCUCCGGCGCCCCAAAGGCUUCCUAGUUACUUCUUAGAAACACGACUAGCUACUAACUACUAACUACCAUACGAGAGAGAGACUAUUUUCAGGACAUCGACUUGCCCAGUGAGUAAACAAGCUCUUUACCAUCCGCCAAGUCUACACUACACAUUCAUUACCCUUUGGAUACUUUCAUCGUCAACCCGUCAAUCCAUCAAUCCAUCAAUCCGCCAAACCUCCAAACUAUGAUGUCUUGGAAUUUGAAUACAUAAAUUCCAGAAAAAUUCCCUGAUCCUCCCCUGAUCCCCACAGCAUGUUAAGUCUUACAAUCCGCAAUCACUAUUGCUGCGACUUGCCGACCAAACCUUGACAGGGAACAGGUCUCAAACCCUCAAUUUUGUGUUGCGGACUUACCAAGGAAAGGGAUUAAGGGAUUUUGAUUACUGUACAGUUCCUGGGAGCGGGAAGACACGAGUUGAUACACGGGGUAUUUACAGCACCACGCCGAGCACACUAAGAUAGAUACCUUUCGAUCCCCAACAUGGAUGAAGUUGGGGCCAGUGGUUUUCUGGCGCGCACGACUUCGAAACGAUCCAAAUCCUCAAAUCCUUUACGGACGGAUUCGCAACGAAUUCAACGUUGUUCUCGAGCUUUAUCGGUUUCCCCUCCAUCUGCCGGUGCCUCAACAACUUUUGGUUUGCGCUCACGUCCUGGACUGGGUUCACGAACGGCCUCGGCACCAUUUGUCCCUCUCAGUAGGGGUAGUGGCAGCGGUAGUUUAGAUACGAGAUUUUCGACUACGAUAGAGGACGACUCGGAAGAAGGACUGGACCUUCAUGCGCGAAGUUAUCGGGAUUCUGUUACGUCUAUAAAAGACGAUCCUUUUUUCAGAAAUUAUCAAUCACCAAGUUCUGUCUCUUUAGCACGAGAAUUGUGGUCUGCAACACACUCUGAGCGAUCGCACGAUGACGACGUUUUCAAAAAUUCAACACCGCGAUCCAACAAAAGACCUUCUCUAGGAAAUCCUGGUUUACUAGUAUGUCACUUCCACUAAACAACAGCUGCUUUCUGCAGAAACGUUUGGCCCAAUUGACUAACCAUUGUUUCAAUGCAGCCCCAAUCGAGAAGCGGGAUGUCAGACAUAAAUAUUGCAGUGAUUGGGAGUAAUGGAGUGGGAAAGAGCACUUUGAUACAGCGAGCAUUGGGUCUACGAUCCCUACCUAACUCCGUCGCAUCGAGUCUUCGUAUGUCAGUCGAUGAGGUUGGAUACACUGUCAGUCUUAUUGAGCUGGAUCUCGAGUCAUUUGAUAUAAUACCUGAUCGUCUAAUACAAUGGCCCAAACAAAUCAACGGGCACAUUCUCCCACGAAUGGAUGGUGCUCUAUUACUAUACGAUGUCACGAAUCGGGAGAGCAUUGUGGAAUUGCCCCAGACCUUAAGUGAGUCAAGAAGUUCCCGCGGUGAAGCCGCUUUGGACAAAUACUGAUUCGAUUAUUUUAAGACGCACUGGUGAAUUCGGGUCUUCCUACUAUCCUCGUCUCAUGUAAAUGCGACAACCCUGAACACACUCGUCAACUAAGUGUUGAUAGUGUCGAAACUGCAUGUAUGUCAUGUGUAGAAACUGUCAAAACGGCAGCAAAUGUCCCUGAAAGUGCAAGACUUUGUCUUUCUUCUAUGCUUCGAGCCGUUAUGGCAAGUCGAAGCAAUAAUAAUAAUAGUAAUAGUAAGUUGAUAUUCUUUUUGUAGCAAUUUUAUAUGUGGUGUGACACCAUUAAUUAUACUUUGCCGUUUGAUCCAUUUAGUAUUGUUGCGCAAACCUACUUAAAUUAUUUAUUUACAUCAAUGUCCUUUGCUAUCGGGUCUUAGUAGACUGGUCAAAAACGUUGAUGUUCACCAUUUCUCCAUUACUUUUUUUCAAAUGGCAUUGAAAAACUCAUACUCAUCAAAUAUUCAGAAGAUACACCUUCGAUACAACCUCAAGGUACUCGCCGUCGAGCAACUUCCUCUGCGAAUGUCGAGAAGUUAUCUGAACCAACCAUCCCUCGGCCUUUAAGUCAGCAAUCUAAGCAUAGCCGGGCUAGCUCAGAAUUCUCUAUAGGUCGAGCUCUUCCCUCUCCGCCAGUGGCUGGUCGACCCAACGGCCGAACAAAUUUAUCACACCAAAUCAUGAUUCCAGACCCACAUGAUGCCCCACCGCUUUCUGCUCAUCCAGCUUUUCGAGGUGAAAAUCUAUUGGACCAUUCUAGGCCUAGCCCCAGGCUACCUUUGGACCCAAAGGUACGUUCAGUUCUAUCAUCCUGGUAUUGGAAGCAUUGGCACUAACACUGCACCCGACGUUGAGGAGUUGGAUGCAGAUCCUUCAUACCGAUAUUCCGACGAUAUCCCACUUCUCCAGCGUAGUGACGAUACUUUCUUCGAUAAACCUGCUAAAGUGGCUGGUGUAAGUUUCGAAGAGCUUGUUGACCGACUCCUUGGACAACACAUGUCAAGAGCCGACGUCAACUUUUCCGAGAUAUUUCUGUGUCUCUAUCGAAAAUUUGCCGCUCCUGGUGAGCUAUUCGAUGCAGUAUUGGACCGACUGGGACGCUUAGCAGAGGAUAAAAAUAUCCAUUAUCUAACACGAACAACAACUCAACUUCGGAUAAUUACCGUGGUUGCUAAAUGGGUUUCGAGUUAUCCAGGGGAUUUUGCAAGUCCUUCAACAAGUCGCAAGUUAGACGCGUUUAUCAAUCAAUUAGCUUCGGAUCCCGUUUUUGCUGCUGCUGCGCAGGAAAUGAGGACUCAAUUAGAGUCUCGUGUAGUGAAGGAUGAUGACACAGGCUGGGCCAGGACGGAUGCUGAUGUAGACAACGAACAUGCUAAGGAACUUGAAUCAGCGCCCGUUUCUCCUACGACUACAAGAACCAAUUCCAAAGGAGGAUACGAAACUGACAUGUCCACACUAGUGCAAGAAGAUGACGUCAGUGAGAUAGAGCUGAAAGGAUCGAGGGGGGAUUCUUUUUUCUCCGCUCGAGCGUCAUCUCAACCCGACCUUAAUAUGCCUUCAUUUCUUACAGUCGAGGACUACGAGAGAGAGGCUGCCAAGAUGACACCUAAGGGAAUUCUACCAUUAUCUAAACACAGAUAUCACAUGUUUAUGGAGAUCCCCGAUGACGACCUCGCUGAUGAGAUGACCAGGAUAGACUGGGUUAUGUUUUCUUCUAUACGUCUUCGAGAUUUGGUUCGACAUGUUAGCCUUUCACUCAACCAAAAGGAGAAAUGCAAAAGUCUUGCCAACGUAAAUCGCAUGAUAAAUCAUUUCAACCAUAUUGCGAAAUGGGUUGCUAAUAUGAUUCUGAUGCGAGAUAAAGCCAAGCACAGAGCACACAUACUGGAGAAGUUCAUGAAUAUAGCACUGAAGCUGCGGCAAUUGAACAAUUACAAUGGUCUGGCAGCUGUCCUUGCAGGGAUCAAUGGAACUGCAAUACAUCGCCUCACACAAACUCGAAACCUGGUUCCUCCGGAUGUCCAAAAGCGUUUUGCCCGCUUAGUCUUAUUGAUGGGUACGCAAAAGAGUCAUUUCGCAUACCGUCUGGCAUGGGAAAAUUCUCCAUUACCUCGUAUUCCCUUCAUUCCAUUAACUCGGCGUGACCUUGUCUCAGCCGAGGAGGGAAGUCGAACUUUCAUUGGAGCAAACGGAGAGAGAAUCAACUGGAAGAAAUUCGAGGUUCUGUCCGAGGUCAUUCUACCCAUUAUGAAGAGUCAAACUACGCCAUAUCCAAAUCUCACCAAGAAUGGGCAGGUACGACUUCUCAUUCUGGAUUGUCUUAUCCCUACAGAUGAUGAGGUUCGUACUAUAUCUUUCCUUCAUUCAUCUUUCUGUCCCCCAUUUCGGAUGAUCCUAAUGCACAUGCUAAUCAUUUUCACUAGGAUAUAUACCAACGAAGUCUCCAAGUAGAAAGUGCAUCUGGAGCCGCAGAGCCUGUGAAAAAGAAAUUCCCUUGGUUUUCAAAGGAUAAACAAUAAUCGUUUGUGAACACAAUCAGGGGUAGGGCAUUUAUCUGCUACAUAUUGUAUUGCAAGUCUGUUCUCUGCUGAAAGGCAAAGAAAGCAUCUAGUGUCCGGCGUCUGGAUUUUGGUGUUUAUUUAAAGGACAUACCCCUUUCUGUAAUGAAAGCUGAGCAAUGAUAUGAUAUUUUGUUAAAUGGUUAGGACAUGGAGAUGGCUUUGGUAUGGGAAUGUGAAUUUGUUUUUUUGCUUGAGAUGCUAAGUAUUGUGAGGUUGUGAGACAACUGAGAAAAGAUUUAAUUCUAGAUCCAGUUGAAGGUUCGAUUCUUCAAUGUUGCCAAGCUUGGAAUGGAUAUAUGCAAGCGCAUGAUACUCAGGAGCUGGCUUCUUUUGUGCUU